AUGAUUGAUGAUGAUGAUGAAAAAGGUAGUGUGACGGUGAUGUUAUUAUUAUUAUUGUCAUUGUCAACAACUCUCCCGCGUUCGGUACAUAUUAUAUAUGUAUAUAGAGAAAGAGAGAGAGAGAGAGAGAUGAACUAUUAUGGUAAAGAGGUAGGAUUGACAGCUGAUAGUGUAGAGUUUCAUCCUAUCGAGAAUGAUUGGUUUGCAUGUUCAACGUAUCAGAUUGAUCAACAACACGAUCUGCAAUACAAAGAACGUCGUAGUGGUAUAUUGUACUUGUUUAAAAUAGAGCGUGAUCAAGAGACAACGGGUGCAUUCAACUUUGUGAUGAAAUGUCAGGUACAGUUUGACAGCGGUAUUCUCGAUGCCAAAUGGUCGCGUUCACAAGCCGUCAUGCAACGACAAAAAGAGAGUGUCUUGGCAGUUGUAUUGUCUCGUGGUGAUAUUCGUUACUUUAAACUGCUUGAGGACAAUACAGCAGAAGGAGAAUACAAACUCGAUGAAGUACCUCUUAUCACCAACUCUCAAUACAGAAUAUCAAAAGGUGAUGAUAUCUUGGCACUCUCUAUUGAUUGGAAUAACAAAGAUAAUGACACAACAAACAAUGACAAUGACAAUAACAAUAACAAGAUAGUAUCAAGUUUUAGUGAUGGAAGUUUGGCAGUACUAAAGAAUGGUAAUCAAAUGGUACAUAGAUGGAAAGCACAUGGUUACGAAGCUUGGAUUGCAGCUUAUAACUAUCAUGACAGUAAUUUUGUCAUGUCGGGUGGUGACGACUGUUUAUUUAAAUCAUGGGAUCUUAGAAUGAUCAAUCAGGUCGAUCCAGAGGACGACGAGAUUGAAGAGGGUGUGACAGCAAUCUCUCAAAAACGUUGUGAAAUGGGUGUCACCUCUAUUCAUUGUCAUCCGAGCAAAGAGCAUAUUGUGGCACAGGGAUCAUACGAUGAGAAACUCAGAAUAUGGGAUCUUCGGUCCAUGAGAGCACCACUCUCAAUCACUGAUAGUCUUGGAGGAGGUGUAUGGCGUGUCAAGUGGCAUCCAACCGAUUCUAAUCGUUUAGUGACUGCUUGCAUGUCGGGUGGUUUCCACAUUGUCCACUAUGAAAACGACGACUACUCCUCACCAACAGUUCAACACAGUUACAAUGGUGAUCAUAAAUCAAUAGCCUAUGGAGUUGAUUGGUCAUCUCUUAUUGAUGAUCAAUAUAUUGGUUGUUGUUCAUUUUAUGAUAAAUAUCUAUCAAUUUGGAAACCAUUUUAG